AUGGCAGAAUCCAACAAAACGCCUACUGUAUCAACACUUUCUAUAUCAAAAAUCGGCUUGGCGGUGCUGGCGCUCGGUCAUGUCUUCCUGAUCCACCUCUCUGGGCUAUAUCUCUUCACUGGAGGAUUCCUACUUUCUCGGGUAGCUCUUGAUGCAACAAAUGAGUGCAAAGAAUGUACUCUCGGAACCACUGUUCACAAAAAGGCGGUUAUUAUUAUAAUCGACUCUUUGCGGUUCGACUUCAUCUCGCCCAUCCCGCCUACCGUAUCUGAUCCAUACCAUCACAACAUCCUCACACUCCCAGCUCAGAUUACAGAGGAGAAACCUGACCGGUCUUUGUUGUAUAACGCAUACUCAGACCCGCCAACCGCUACCCUCCAACGAAUCAAAGGCCUUACCACAGGCUCACUUCCCACAUUCGUAGACAUCGGCUCAAACUUUGGUGGAUCGGCGAUAUUAGAGGAUUCUCUCAUACUUCAAAUGCAGCGUGCUGGCCUACGUACGGCCUUUAUGGGUGACGACACGUGGGAAACUGUGUUUCCUGGCGCAUUCAAUCAGUCUUAUCCAUUUGAUUCAUUUAACGUCGAGGAUUUACAUACUGUGGACCGAGGAGUUAUCCAUAAUAUCUUCCCCUUACUCCAGAACCACGGAGAAAACUGGGAUGUGAUUAUUGGCCAUUUCCUUGGCGUCGACCACGUCGGCCACCGGCUCGGGCCGUCGCAUCCUACGAUGAAAGCCAAGCUUCAAGAGAUGAAUCAAGUUCUGACUCGGGUAGUCGAACUACUCGACGACGAUACAUUACUUGUUGUUCUUGGAGAUCAUGGCAUGGAUAAACGAGGCGACCACGGAGGCGAUGGUGAACUCGAGACAAGUUCGGGGUUAUGGUUGUAUAGCAAAGGCCAUGCCCUCACUUCUCCUGACUCGUUGAGCAAGCAACUUCGUGCACAAGGGCAUUACCCCGACAUUGUUUUCCCUGGAUACAGCGAGCCAUUUCCUUCGAUACAACAAAUCGAUAUUGUUCCCACUAUUGCUUUGCUCUUGGGUCUACCUAUCCCGCUUAAUAACCUAGGCACGAUCGUUCACGACGCUUUUGGUUUCAAUCUACCGAACAAUGAGCCUGCAUUGGCGAAGGCAACGUCUCUCAAUGUUGAACAGGUCAAUCGCUACCUGCACGAAUAUCGCCGUAGCACCUCGAGUGGAGAACUGGAUCCUGUAUGGGACGAGCUCCAGUUGUCCUUCAAGGCGGCCACUGGUGAAGCUAACUUAGAACAGAGCGUCGUUCUUCGGUCAAAAUUCACACGCCUGGCGUUACAACGGUGUCGCGCACUUUGGGCUCAAUUCAAUGUCGUUCGCAUGGGCCUUGGACUUUUGGUUUUGGUUGUAUCCGUGCCGAGCGUAUGGGUCUUUUACCGUGCAGUGGCUUCCCAUCAGGACAGUUACGAACUUGUCAUUCGCAAUACUCUUCAAACAGGCGUACUGGGUGCAGCCGCUGGGCUCGGCAUGGGUACCGUUCUCCUAUGGGGUUUCAAAAUCAUUCAGCCUCUUCCCUUAUCGUCAUUCGAGGCGGCGCUUGGUGGUGCAAGUUUUACUUCAGCCGCAAGUAUUAUCUACCUUCUCAGUCCUAAUCUGGUUGCAUCCCAUUCCCGAAGGUUAUCACUGGGGGCAAUUGUCCUGGUUAUGCAUGCGGCAGGGUUCGCCUCCAACUCAUUCAUCAUGUGGGAAGACCGUAUCGUGUUGUACCUGUUCAUGACGCUCCUUGUCCCCCUCACACUAUCCGGAAUCAACGCCCCUACCGCACAUCUACGAAAGCGAAUCCUCGGGUUUGGUACUCUCGCGGCCGUGUGCGUCAGGUUAAUGGCUUCGAGCACUGUAUGUAGGGAAGAACAGCAUCCUUACUGCCACGUGAAUUUCUAUGCGUCGGCUGGUGCGUCGGCUGCACCCUUCUGGGUCCUUGUGCUCGUACUUCCCGCUGCAUGGUUCCUUCCCACCGCUGUUCGCCGGGCGUUGGCCAUCUCGGGAUCCGACAAUGGCAUAGCACCAUUCUUUGCUACGCUCGUUGUACGCCCAGCUCUAUUCGGCAGUGCCCUAUGGUGGUCUUUUGAGCGCUUCGAAGGCUCAGAUAUCCUAGGCGGUGAGGCCGCUGCGCCCAUCAUCCGUGCUCUUCGAACUCUCAUCGCUAGGACCGUACUUCUCGGGGUUACAACUGGAGGAUCAGUGCUUUGGUACACUUCAGGUCCAUGCAUCGCACUCCAACGAAGGACCGACGAAACCGGCAAACCCGUCCUAGCAGUUUUAGGAUUCGCAAACGCAUACGGUUCAUCUUACCUCCUAUUCUUCCUCCUCGCAUUUAGCUUGACACACGUAGUCUCCCAGUUAACUGCCCAACUUGUGCUUGGUCUAUUCCUCCUGGCGCUCCUCGGAUAUCUCGAGAUCCUCGACAGCACGCGAGAUGCCAAGUCUCUAAGGGACGAAUUCGAAAAGCUAUCCAGCGGGAGCAGCGCCACACCGCAAGAAAUGUCCGCCGCGCUCGACCGUCUGACGUCAGGGGCAAACCCACCCCGUUCGGGUCCGUCGUUCAACUCGGCAGCUGCACUCUGUCUUCUCGGAAACAUUGCGUUCUUUGCAACAGGUCACCAAGCAGUAUUGUCCACGAUUCAAUGGAAAUCGGCCUUUGUGGGAUUCCCGACUUUGACAUAUCCAUUCUCGCCUAUACUCGUGGUACUGAAUACGUUUGGCGGAUUUAUUUUGUCUGCGCUUGCGGUCCCACUUGUGGCUUUGUGGAAUCUUGAUCCAGCACCAGGAUCUGAAGAUCGGGCAGUGUGCGAUACUCUCCGAGUUGCGCUAGGAGUUGUCCUCUAUAGGAGCAUGGAACUCGCAGGCAGCGCUAUCACGGCUGCAUGGCUCAGACGGCACUUGAUGGUCUGGAAGGUCUUUGCACCACGCUUCAUGUUAGGGGGAGUCGUGCUGCUGCUGACGGAUGUGCUUAUUAUUUUGGGUGUAUGGCUUGGCGCAGGCCAAUCAUUGAUAAAGGUUCAGAAAACUUUUAAAAAAGAGGUUUAG